CAACGGAGAAGGAUUAUUAAUUCAAAUAUUUUAAUUAUUUUGCGAUUAAUAAUAUGUCAAUAAACUUUAUGUCAGAGAACAUUUGCAGUAUGUAUAGUAUUAGUAUAAUAUUCAUUAUUUUAAUAUUGAUUUGGAUCUGUUCCUGUUUACACGUUACACAGCAGCCUUCUAUAGUCAUUGUUUUUAUAUCAGAUGAGUGCAAGAAAAGAGAUGAGAUUUGUGCAUCAGACAAAGAGAAAUCUGGAAUUCAGUUUGAGCAAAACACUGGGCGGCAGAAAAAUGAAAAAGGAGAAAUCCUAGUUACGGAUACAGUGAAGGAGAAAAACGAAAAUGAAGAAACAGAAACUGAAGCUGAAUUAUCAGAUGUAUCGCAAGAAUCCGAUGUCAGUACCGAAGACGCAAAUUUAAAUAUCGCAGACACAAAACACGAGACUGGAGAAAGAAAACUUGCCACUAGACUAGCACAAAUAAACACUGGACUUUCAAAACUGGAUUCAAAAAUUACAAAACUUAAUUCUGAAAGGAACAACCUCCAAGAGGAAUUCGAAAAAUUCAGAAUUAAGUCAGAAAAAGACUGCAUGAAAGAACUCACACAUGAAGAAACAAAAAGUUUAGAUAAACUCAGUGAAGAAAAAGUGGAAUUCAUAGUUGAAGAAGAAAAGGGAAAGACAGAGGAUAUUGACAUGGAACAGAAAAAUUGUAUAUUCCCUAAGAAAAUGGAUGAAGAGCAUGUAGAAGAUGUCGGUUACAUUGAAGAGGAAAUUAAAAGCAACAAGGAGUUAAUUAUCAAUAACAAAGACUUACUUCUUAACUGCAUCAUUAUGUGAUUUUGUUUUUCAAAUUUGUUUUAUUUACAUAUAACUUAAUUUGAAUUUUUUGCGGUAGAAAUUUUGUCAGUUCUGCUGAGAUAAAUGUUAAAACUUCUGAAUUAUAUUGAGCAUGAAACGGAGCUUCUUUUUCGAAUAAAAAUGGUUCUU